AUGGAUCAACCUGACAACAAUUUUCGACAAAAUCAUCAUUCGACAUAUGAAUAUUCCAAUAAUUAUAUUCAUCGAGAAAAUUGUGAAGACGACAUUUCAUCAAACCACGAACGUGACGAUGAAAAUCGUCAACCUUCCCACUCUUUCGUUUACAAAAAACGAAUACGAACAAAAUUCAGUGCCGAACAAUUGGACAUACUCGAAUCGACUUUCCAGCAGCAUCGUUAUCCAAGUGUUAGUGUUAUUGACGAUCUCGUUGAACAACUGAAUUUAUCGACACAGAAGAUUACAGAUGAAGAUGUUUCACAUGACUCUUCCGUUAGUCCUCCAAUAAACUCAUUAAAUCAUCUACAACCUGCACCAACAUCACAUUUCGCUGCUGCUGCUUCUUCUUCUUACUACUUGCCCAAUUCUCAUAUUUCCUUCUACAAUCCAAUGUGGUCGAAUUUCCAUUAUCCAUUACAUUACAAUCCAUCUGACAUACCUUCACCAAUUAUCUUUCACGAUGCAAGUAAUUAUCAGUAUGAACAUAAUGAACUGAAAAACAUUUUCUUGCACGAUACUCAGGCAUCAUGA